CACCCACCCACCCACCCGCCUGCUUUCCCUUCCCCUCCUUUCCUUCGCUUUCCUGGCUGCCAAACGCCUCGGUCUUAUUCCCCCAACUCCCAGGCAUCUCGCUUUCGUACUUUUGCUACAGAGAGGGAACUGGGUAAUCCGGGUUUACAGAGAAGAAACAGAGUCGCCUGAUUUCGAUGUCCACCGUGGCCUUCAGCUCCUCGGAGUCUUCCACUUACCCGGAUGGCUCUGAACUCGAGUUGGGCCUCGUCCUGAGCCUUCCCGGCGCCGCCGCCGCCUCCGGCGAUAUCAAGUCCAAAUUAGCCCCUUGGGGUCAAUAUGCUAGGAUCCUGACGGCUAAAGACUUCCCUUCCAUGGCUUCAAACCCUCCUUCUUCUUCCUCCUCUUCUUCUGCUGCCUCGUCUCCGUUGUCUUUGUCGUCUUCAUCAUCGUCGCCUGCCUUCAUGGCCAGAGUUAGUUUCUCGGCUGGUUCUGUUUCACCGCCCGCUAAUGGUGGUGCCAGCCAAGUUGUGGGAUGGCCUCCUAUAAGAGCUUAUCGAAUGAACAGCUUGGUGAACCAAGCAAAAUUACCUGCCACUGAAGAAUUCCAAUCAACAGUUGGGAAAAGUAAAAGCGAGAACAGCGUGGUAGAGAUGACCAACAGUAAUAGCAAUAAAAACAACAGCAAUGUCAAGGUGAAAGCACAGCCAAAGACUUCCCCAUUUGUGAAAGUGAACAUGGAUGGAGAUCCUAUUGGAAGAAAAGUGGAUUUGAGUGCUCAUAGCUGUUAUAAGACCUUGGCCCAAACACUGGAGGACAUGUUUGAUAGACCGACCACAACUAUUGGUGCAAGAGUAUCAAGUGUAGAGGAGAACGGUAUAAUGAUAGAAGCAACCGAAUCCUCAAAGCUAUUGGAUGGAUCAUCUGAGUUUGUGCUUACCUAUGAAGACAAAGACAGUGAUUGGAUGCUGGUUGGUGAUGUCCCUUGGAGGAUGUUUCUUGACUCUGUGAAAAGGCUUAGAAUCAUGAGGACAUCCGAGGUUAAUAGACUUGGACCAAGGUUUCAGGAAAAGAAUGGAAGAUAAAGUGAGCAUAACUACAUUAUAUUUCUGGCUUAUUUACUGUAAGAUGGAGAGGACUUGGAGAAGGAAAGGAGAUAUUGCAUUGGCUGAGCAGUUUGCUCAAGUAAUGACUGGUGCUGCAUGACUAAUGGUUUUUGUUUCUUUUUUUUUGGGAAUUCCUAUAUUUGGCUUCAUACUUUUCACACGCUGUAUACCAGUCUUCUGAGAAGGCUUUUUGUCUGGAUGCAAGAAGCAUCUUGGUACCCUGUGUUACACAUACAAAUUCAUGUUCACCAAAAGUGCUUUCUGAUACUGUAAUCAAAGGAGUGCUUAACUGA